GAAGGCGGGCGUUCGAGGAGCUGCCCCUGUGUGCUCGUGCGUACGGCGGCCAAGUGGAGAGGCGAGGACAGGGGCUCUGCAUGGCCACCGAGAGCGUGGAUGGGCAGCUGAGCGGGUGCGGCAGCAGCAUCCUGAAGCGCGAGACCAUGAGGCCCUCGAGCCCGCGCAGUGCGCUGAUGGUGCUGUGCGCGAGCCACACGCGCAGGAUGGUCAAGCACCAGUGCUGCCCCGGCUGCGGCCACUUCUGCACCGCCGGCACGUUCCUGGAGUGCCACCCGGACGUGCGCAUCGGGCACCGCUUCCACCGCUCGUGCGUCUCGCGCCUCGGGGGUCUCAUUUUCUGCCCGCACUGCGGCGAGGACGCGUCCGAGGCCCAGGAGGUGACGCUGCCGCGCCCCGAGGCCGCGCUGGCGCACGGCGGAGACGCCGGGCGCCGCCCGCUGCCCCCGAGGCCGCCGGCCCCGGGCAGAGCCGAGGCGCCCACGCCCAGCGCCCGCAUGCGGGGGCAGGGCGAGGGCCGCGCGCCCCCCCCGGACCCCCGGGCCGAGCCCAUCGACAGCUCGGGGGGGCCGGCGCUGGCCCUGCCCCGGGCGCCCUGGCUCGGGGCUCCCCCAGGCCCCGCCCGGGAGCACCUGGAGAAGGCUCUGCUGGGCCAGGAGGCCGAGAGGAGGAAGAAGCUGCGCUUCCACCCGCGGCAGCUUUACCUGAGCGUCAAGCAGGGGGAGCUGGGCAGGGUCAUCCUGAUGCUCUUGGACAACCUGGACCCCAAUUUCCAGAGCGACGCUCAGAGCAAGCGCUCGGCGCUGCACGCGGCCGCGCAGAAGGGACACCUGGAGAUUUGUCACCUGCUGCUGCAGGCCGGAGCCAACAUCAACGCCGUGGACAAGCAGCGCCGGACGCCGCUGAUGGAGGCCGUGGCCAACGACCAGCUGGAGACGGCGCGGUACCUGCUGCAGAGGGGGGGGUGCGCCUACAGCCAGGAGGAGGACGGCUCCACCUGCCUGCACCACGCGGCCAAAAACGGCAACCUGGAGAUGGUGGAGCUGCUGCUGAGCACCGGCCAGGUGGACGUCAACGCGCAGGACAGCGGGGGCUGGACGCCCAUCAUCUGGGCGGCCGAGCACAAACACAUCGAGGUCAUCCGGCGGCUGCUGACCCGCGGGGCCGACGUCACGCUGACCGACAACGAGGAGAACAUCUGCCUGCACUGGGCGUCGUUCACGGGCAGCGCCGAGAUCGCCGAGGUGCUGCUGAACGCGCAGUGCGACCUGCACGCCGUCAACUUCCACGGGGACACGCCGCUGCACAUCGCCGCCAGGGAGAGCUACCACGACUGCGUCAGCCUGUUCCUGUCGCGCGGGGCCGACCCCGAGGUGCGGAACAAGGAGGGCGACUCCCCCCUGGACCUGACCCCGGAGCGCUCCGAGGUCUGGGUGGCGCUGCAGCUCAACCGGAAACUGCGCCUGGGGGCGGCGGGCCGGGCGCUGCACACCGAGCGCAUCGUCAGCAGGGACGUGGCCAGGGGCCACGAGAACGUCCCCAUCCCCUGCGUCAACGGCGUGGACGAGGAGCCCUGUCCCCAGGACUACAAAUACAUCGCGGAGAACUGCGAGACCUCCACCAUGAACAUCGACCACAACAUCACCCACCUGCAGCACUGCACCUGCCAGGACGAUUGCUCCUCCUCCAACUGCCUCUGUGGGCAGCUCAGCAUCCGCUGCUGGUACGACAAGGACGGGCGGCUGCUGCAGGAGUUCAAUAAAAUCGAGCCCCCCCUGAUCUUUGAGUGCAACCAGGCGUGCACCUGCUGGAGGAGCUGCAAGAACCGCGUGGUGCAGAGCGGCAUCAAGGUCCGGCUCCAGCUGUACCGAACGGCCAAGAUGGGCUGGGGGGUUCGGGCGCUGCAGGCGAUUCCCCCCGGCACCUUCAUCUGCGAGUACGUGGGGGAGCUGAUCUCGGACGCCGAGGCCGACGUGAGGGAGGACGACUCCUACCUGUUCGACCUGGACAACAAGGACGGCGAGGUUUACUGCAUCGACGCCCGUUACUAUGGCAACGUCAGCCGCUUCAUCAACCACCUGUGCGACCCCAACAUCAUCCCCGUGCGCGUGUUCAUGCUGCACCAGGACCUGCGCUUCCCCCGCAUCGCCUUCUUCAGCAGCCGCCACAUCCGGCCCGGCGAGGAGCUGGGGUUUGACUACGGGGAUCGGUUUUGGGACAUCAAGAGCAAAUACUUCCCGUGCCAGUGCGGCUCCGAGAAAUGCAAACACUCGGCCGAGGCGGGCGGGGGGCGCGGGGACCCCCCGAGCUGCUGCCCCCCCUGCUGGCCCUGCCCCCGCCGUGAAAAAAAACCCCAAAAAAUCCCCCAAAAAAUCCCCAAAAAAAUCCCCCAAAAAAUCCCCAAAAAAAUCCCCCAAAAAAAUCCCAAAAAAAUCCCAAAAAACGGCCCCGGAAUGACCCGAAACAGCCCCGAAUUUGUACCCAAAACUGUCCCGUUUUUGUAACUGAAAGUGCCCCAGAUUUACCCAAAACUGCCCCAAAUUCACCCAAAUCUGCCUCGAUUUUGCAACUGAAUGUGCCCCAAAUUCACCCCAAAUGGCUCCAGUUCUACCCCCAAAUCAUCCAAAUCGGCCAAAAUUCAUCCAAAAUGGGCAAAAUUCACUCAGAACUGCCCCGAAUUCACCCAAAAUUGCCCCAAAUUUUCACAAAAAAACUGCUCCAAAUUCACCCCCAAACCAGCUCCAAUUUCACCCCAAAUUGGCCAAAAUUCACCCAAAACUGCCCCAAAUUUACCCAAAACUACCCCGGAUUCACCAAAGUGGUCUCAAAUCCACCCAAAAGAGCCCCAAAUUUACCCAAAACUGCCCCAAUUUAAUCAAAACAGCCCAAAUGAAAACUGCCCCAAAAUUACCCAAAAAAUGGCUCCAAAUUCACCCAAAAAACUGCCCCAAAUUUACCCAAAACUGCCCCAAAUUCACCCAAAAUGGUCCCACUUCCACCCGAAAUCACCCAAAAUGGUCAAAAUUGACACAAAAUGGCUCUGAAUUUACCCAAAAGUGCCCCAAAUUCACCCAAAACUGCCCCAAUUGAGGCAAAACGGCCCAAAUUUAACUAAAACUGCCACAAAUUGACCCAAAACUGCCCUGAAUUUACCCAAAUUGGCCAAAAAUUACCCAAAAUGGUCAAAAUUCACCCAAAAAGGCCUCACAUUCACCCCAAACCACCCAAAAUUGGCCAAAAUUCACCCCAAAAGGCCAAAAUAAAACCCCCAAAUGGCUCCAGAUUCACCAAAACUGCCUCAAAUUCCCCCAAAAUGGUCACAGUUCCAUCCCGAAUUCACCCAAAAUGGUCAAAAAUCGUCCAGAAUGGCCCCAAUUUGGCCAAAAUUCACCCAAAACAGCCAAAAUUCACUCGAAAUGGUCAAAAUUCACCCAAAUCCGCCCCAAAUUCAUCCAAAGUACUUAAAAUUCACCGAGAACAGCUCCAAAUUUACCCCAAAAUGACCAAAAUUUCCCCCAAUCCGCCCCAAAUUUGCCCCAAUUUCCCU